CGAGGACGCUGUUCUCCGUGGGCUUCCGGGCGCACGCAGCUCCGCCGCCGCCGAGAAGGCGGAAUUCCCGGUGUCGCUGCUGCGUCUGUCCGUGCGCCGGGCUCCGCCGCCACCAUGGGGAUCCUGGAGAAGAUCUCCGAGAUCGAGAAGGAGAUCGCUAGGACGCAGAAGAACAAGGCCACUGAGUAUCAUCUGGGCCUCCUGAAAGCAAAACUCGCCAAGUAUCGGGCGCAGCUUCUAGAACCAUCCAAAUCAGCCUCAUCCAAAGGAGAGGGUUUCGAUGUCAUGAAGUCGGGUGACGCCCGUGUGGCACUGAUUGGAUUUCCCUCUGUGGGUAAGUCCACCUUCUUGAGUCUAAUGACCUCCACAGCCAGCGAAGCCGCGUCCUAUGAAUUCACAACCCUGACGUGUAUCCCUGGGGUCAUUGAAUAUAAAGGAGCCAAUAUCCAGCUCCUGGACCUUCCUGGGAUCAUUGAAGGUGCAGCACAAGGGAAAGGCCGUGGCCGGCAGGUGAUUGCUGUGGCGCGCACGGCUGACGUCGUCAUCAUGAUGCUGGAUGCCACCAAGGGAGAAGUGCAGAGGUCUCUGCUGGAGAAGGAACUGGAAUCUGUAGGCAUCCGCCUGAACAAACACAAGCCCAACAUCUACUUCAAGCCCAAGAAAGGUGGUGGCAUCUCCUUUAACUCAACAGUCACACUGACCCAGUGCUCAGAAAAGCUGGUGCAGCUGAUUUUGCACGAGUACAAGAUCUUCAACGCGGAGGUGCUGUUCCGAGAAGACUGCUCCCCGGACGAAUUCAUCGAUGUGAUUGUAGGCAACCGGGUGUACAUGCCCUGCUUAUAUGUUUAUAACAAAAUCGACCAGAUCUCAAUGGAAGAAGUGGAUCGCCUGGCCCGGAAGCCCAACAGCGUGGUCAUCAGCUGCGGCAUGAAGCUGAACCUGGACUACUUGCUUGAGAUGCUUUGGGAGUACUUGGCCCUGACCUGCAUCUACACUAAGAAGAGAGGACAGAGGCCAGACUUCACAGAUGCCAUCAUCCUCCGGAAGGGGGCCUCCGUGGAGCAUGUGUGCCACCGCAUCCACCGGUCGCUUGCCAGCCAGUUCAAGUACGCACUGGUGUGGGGCACCAGCACCAAGUACAGCCCGCAGCGGGUGGGCCUGACCCAUACCAUGGAACAUGAGGAUGUCAUCCAGAUUGUCAAGAAGUAGUGCCUCCUGCUGGGCCCCCUGCCUGCCCACCCUGUGUCCCCGGGAGUCGGACCCAGCCGGACACACCAAAGCCCAAACAGGAAAUACAUACAAAUACAUACACCCCAGGAAGGGGUCUCUCAAGUCUCUGCUGUUUCUGGAAGUUUCUUCAGUAGGCAGAUGAUGAAGAAUGUAUUGGGGCAGAGGGACAUGGUUGGGGGACUUUGGCCAGUCUGGUGGCAUUUCCCAUGAGACUGGCCUCUCAGAUGGGGGUUCUGUGUUUAGAACCCUGGGCCUGUGCCCUACCCUGUAGCCAGAGCCUAAUGCAGACGGCUUGCUCAGUGCUGGGCUAGGAGCCGAGCCUGUCCGGGGCCCUGGAAGCUGUGGUUUCUGUUGGGACACCUUGUGCCUUCAGUGCCUGCCGGCCUCUCUGGCAGUCAGGGAGGGGCCCUCCUGGGAUAGACCCUCUGCCCUGCCCCAGGGCUGCUCCAUGGUGGCUGUAAGCCCCAGCUCAUGCCCUCCUUAGCCCCAGGAGUCCUGAAGUCCUGCCCUCCCAGGGCAGCCCCUGCCCAACGCAGACCCCAGGACCCAGGGCCCACACGGACACCUGGAGUGGAGGCUUUGGUGUUUGGUUUCUGUACGUUUUUUUGAAGCCCCUGGUCUCGGCUCUCCUUUCAAAAUAAAGAGUGAAAACAAUUCUUGUUCAGACUGA